AUGCCGAAAUUCUAUCCCUCCAUCUCAGACGACCUACGGGAUUGGGUCCUGCGUCAAAGCGUCUUCUUCGUCGCUUCGGCCCCGCUGCAAGGUCGCCAUAUCAAUCUAUCCCCCAAAGGACUGCCUGAUGCCUCGUUGGCCAUACUUGGCCCGAAUGAGGCUGCUUACAUAGAUGCGACUGGGUCCGGAAGUGAGACCAUUAGCCACGUGCGUGAAAAUGGUCGCAUAACGGUCAUGUUCUGCUCAUUCGACACAGCACCCGGGAUUGUGCGUUUCUUCUGCAAUGGUUCGGUGAUUGAAUGGGACCAGCCUGAGUUUCCACAAUAUCUUGACCGUAUGGGGGGCAAGGCCGUGGUUGGAGCACGGGCGAUCAUCCAUCUGGACGUGUUUAAGGUCCAAUCGUCAUGCGGUUAUGGAGUUCCGCGGCUGUCCGUGAAGCUUGAUCCCGACACCAACGAAUCCAAACCAUAUCUCAAAGACCGCGACACACUGGGCCACUGGGCAGGCAAACAGGUGCAGGCGAACAAGAUGCGGGCCUACCAAAAGGAGUGGAAUUACCGAAGUCUUGAUGGGCUGCCGGCACUCUGGACCGCUGUGAAGGAUAACAACAAGUUUACCGGGGUGGCACAACUGGGAAACUGGGCUCGUCGCCAUCGGGAUGAUAUCGAAACCGCCAAAACAACAGUCUUGGUGCUGUUCAUGGCUAUGGGGAUUAUGCACUGGAUCGGAUAUGUAUGGUGUCACAGUCACACCGGGGCGCCCUUGCUUUUUACCCCAGGGGCGUCAGGUUCCGCUUCGGAUCGACACUAUGCCAUAGCUGAGUUUGCACGCAACUUUCCCCGAGACCCGGUGGACGUUAUCACCGCCGAUUUCUUGAGCGAGGCCAACAUGUCCGCUGGGGCAGCCCGGCGAGUCGACCAGAUCCGGGCGCGGUAUGAACAGGUGCAACCCGGCCGAGGAUCGGCUACCACUACGCCGGCACCUGCAUACGAGGCGUCAUUUUUGCUUGCCCUCGAGCCGGCCUUGGUGGACCUUGCCAAGCAUAGGAUCAAACUGGCGGUCAAUGCAGGGAACGCCGAUACGGAGGGCCUCCACGACGCGGUUGUGCAGAUGGUGCAGGCGAAAGGACUAGACCUCAAGGUCGCUUGGGUAUCGGGUGACCAGGUCCUGUCGACCGUCCAAGAGGCACUUUCGUCGGGCAAGUCUGACUUCAAGAGCAUCUAUACUGGCCAGCCGUUGUCUGAGUGGCCCUUCGAGCCGAUUUUCGCGCAGUGCUACCUCGGGGGACUGGGGAUUGCAGCCGCGCUAGCCAAUGGCGCCGAUAUCGUCCUGUGCGGACGAGUCUCCGACGCAUCCGCCGUCAUUGGAGCAGCAUAUUGGUUCCACGGCUGGCAACGCAGCGACCUCGACCGCCUCGCCAACGCCCUCGUAGCCGGCCACCUGAUUGAAUGCAGCAACUACGUCUGCGGCGGCAACUUCACCGGCUUCAAGAUGCUCGAAUCUCUCGGCCGGGACGGAUGGACCAACAUCGGAUACCCCAUCGCGGAGAUCUCCCCGGAGGGGCAAGUGAUCAUCACGAUGCAAACCUACGCAACCGGGGGCGCCGUCACCGUCGACACCUGCUCCGCGCAGCUGCUGUACGAGAUCCAGGGCCCCCGCUACCUCAACUCGGACGUCACCGCCCUGCUCGGUGACAUCUCCUUCGAGCAACGCGGCACAAACCGCGUGGCCCUGCGCGGCGUGCGGUCCGCACCCCCGCCUCCAACGACCAAGGUGGGCAUCUCCGCGCGUGGGGGGUUCCAAGCCGAGGCGGUUUACUUCUUGGUCGGGCUGGACAUCGCCGCCAAGGUGCGCAUGCUAGAGGCGCAGAUCCGCCACGUCCUCGCCCCGUACUCCGACGCCUUCACGGCGCUGACCUUCUCGACCCUGGGGUCCGCGCCCGACGACCCGCGCACCCAGGACAGCGCCACCGUGACCUUCCGCAUCGUCGCGCAGGCCCGCACCGCCGCCGCCCUCGCGCCCCCCCGCUUCCUGCGGCCCAUCACCGACAACAUCAUGCAAGGCUACCCCGGCGCAACCUGGCACCUCGACACCCGCCAGGGCUUUCCCCGGCCGAUCUUCGAAUACUUCGUCUGUCUCUUGCCGCAGACCGCCGUCCAGCACCGCGUGCACCUGCCCUGGAAGACGGGCGCUGCUGGUACUGGUCCUCAAACCGUAGACAUCGCCCCUCCUCCCGCCGCGCAAGCGGAACUAACCCCCACUCCCCCACUCCCUGGCCAUUCCGCUCCCCCCGCGCCCCCCAUCCCCUCAACCACAAACUACGGCCCCACCAUCCGCGGCCCCCUAGGCUGGAUCGUCCACGCCCGCUCCGGCGACAAGGGCCCCGACGCCAACUGCGGCUUCUGGGUGCGCCAUGCGGACGAGUUCCAGUGGCUGCGACGGGUGCUGACCGUGUCGACGGUCCAGGAGCUAUUGGGGCCGCAGUACACGUCUACUGACACUGACACCGCCGCCGCCGGUGCUGCUUCCCUGCGGGUGGAGCGGUUCGAGCUGCCUAAUCUCCGGGCGGUGCACUUCCUGUUUAGGAACCUGUUGGAUCGCGGGGUGUGCGCGACGGUGACGGUGGACUUUUUGGGGAAGAAUGUCGCCGAGUUCCUGCGGGCGCGGUUUGUGGAUUUGCCGGUGCGGUUUUUGGAAAGGGGGAAGUUGUAG